UUGGCGGUCUUCCAUAAAUGGGUCUAUAAAGGCCAGGGCUCUAAACAAACUUUUUUCACUGGUUGCACUGGUGCGCCUAACUUUUUUUCUUAGGUGCACCAGCACAAAAGUUAGGUGCACCCAAAUUUUCGACCAUAUCGCAUUCAACACUGCAGUUUUACAGGUUCACGUUUUUUAAAUGGCUGCCCAUAUAGGCAAUAUUGACUUGUAAAUGAUGAACUAAGAAUCUGGUCAACAUAAAGUUCUUUAUUUGAAUGUUUGCACAAGAAAGGUAAUUUCACUGAAAAAUGUUGGUGCUUAAAGUGCUUCACCGAGCUGAAAUCUAACUAAAAACAUCUCAAGAUAAAUGAAAUAAAAAGAAAAUCUAAAUUAAAAGUGCAAGUGUUUUAAGUAAAUAAAGUUCAGCCGUCUUCAACUUUUUUUGGUCGCUCUGGUCGCUCACCUUUUGCCGCUGGUAGGGUUUGACGGUGAUGUCGCUUUGGUCGCUCUUGCCCAUAGAAAGUGAAUGACUUCCGGUGAUUUGGCAGCUCAAUUCGCUUCUGAUGAACGUGAACGCACAGUUACACCUUGGCCCACUUACACCUCCCAAUGGAUAUUGGGAGCCAACACCUGUGAGUUCAGGGUGAUGAAUACAUUACAGAUCAUCAGUUUUUGAGUUGAUAAAUGACUUGCUGGAAACAUUUGGUGGGAAUUUUUUAUCACUGUCACUUUGUUUCGAUCAGUGGCUUCAAGAUAUGACUACUGGGGAGUGGGAUCUGAUUUUCCAUUUUGAUUCCAUGUUGUCGACCAUCGUCACUGCACAGUCUAAGCUAAAUGCAUGAGUAUUAUUUUAUUGGAAUAUGAUUGUAUUUUUAUUCUUUGCAAACUAACUUUCUAGCUCUGAUGCGACCCAAACUGUGAUAAAUUUGUCUAACACUUACAUCAGCUGUUUACUGCGCUUGCGAAAAAGUGGGGUUAUUCUCCAUGGUGCGGGAUCCUGAGUGUACGAUGUCGUCAUUCUGUAGGAACAGUAUCAACAAACAUCUCGUUAACAUCCUCAUUAGACGCUUCAUGUCCCCAGCGGAGUUGAGAUUACAGUACACAGUUCAUUAACUUUGUACAGAGUAAGCAGUUUGUUUUUCAUGAGUUCAAGAAAUUACAAAUAUAGAAAGAAAAAAAGAAAGAUAAGGCAACACUUUACAUGAAUGGAAAUAAUAAUUUUCUUUGAAGCACUAUUUAUAAAAGUAUCUUAUGUAGUAAUGAGCAUUAUUAUAUAGCAUAAACAUAGGGGUUAGGAGUAGUUGGUUAAGGUUAGGGUUUACUAACCAUAUUAAAUGUAUGCAUUAAAAUCCUAGUUCAUGAACACCAUUAACCAUUAACUCAACACCAUGAGUAAAUGGUAGACCAUUAGUUAACUGUUUAUUAAGUAUGUUAAUGCUGUGUUUACUAUUGGUAAUAAAUGGUUAAUUAAUGUAUCCUUAUUGUAAAGAGAAACCAAAGAAAAUAGAGCUGAGGUUUCAUAUACAUCGGGAAAAUAUAUUUCAAUAUUUUGUUUCUCACAAAAAACGGCUACAGAAUAACACGUAGGCUGUGUCUCAAUUCAGGGGCCGCAUCCAUCAAAGGACGCAGUCUAUGAAGGUGUGGCCUUCGUAGACCGUGAAGGCCGAACUGAAGGCCGAACAAGCGUUGUUAAAUGAGAGGUUCGGGCCUACGGAGCAUUUCCAGUUUGCGUAACAAGUCGUUAACGCCCUUUCACUUGCAUGAUGACGUGCCUUUGAAAUGGGACAGCCUUGCCGCGCCGCCGUGACACAAUCGGUCUUCAAAUGCAGCCUUUGAAGGAUGCGGCCCCUGAAUUGAGACACAGCCCCAACGACCUGACCUGUCGAGUGGCCUAUUAAGUGAAAUCAAAUAUUUUUUACGUGGUAAUGUCAACAUAGUAAUGUAUGCCCUUUAGUCAAUUUGACUAAAGUAAGACUUUAAUUAAGAGAAACCAGGAGUAAAAUCCUAUGUUUUUGCCUGUCUCUGCCAAACUGUUUGUUCCAUUCUUUUCCCAACCUUCUAGGAUAUAUUUUUAUGAUGACUUAUUUUAAGCUUCUUGGACACUUAUAGGAUAACACCAAGGUGUGUGUGUGUGUGUGUGUGUGUGUGUGUGUGUAUGGAUGUGUGAAGCUCCAUAUGAAUCCUUGCAAAAAUGUUCAUAUGGGUCUUUUUGGACUACCUAUUCAAACAACCUAUUCUGUCGUUUGGGUUGGCGGAUAGGCUGUGAAGUUUAUAUAAACAGAAUCUGAAGUAGUAAAAAUGACAGUGAUACAAACAUUCUAAAAACUUAAGAUUUUGAGAGGAGAACAUAGCCAAUGAGAGCUAAUUCACUCCUAGCUGAGUGUUGAUGUGUCCCUGAGCAAGACACUUAACCCUAACUGCUCCUGACGAGCUGGCUGCCGCCUUGCAUGGUUGACUCUGCCGUUGGUGUGUCAAUGUGUGUAUUAACCGAUGUAAGUCGCUUUGGAUAAAAGCGUCUGCUAAAUGCCCUAAUUAAUUGUAAUUCUGGGCCCCUGAGGCCCCUCUCCUUUGCACAUGUCUGCCCCUGAGGCUGUAUCUGAUGAUGAUGAAAAUGUACCGUCAGAGUGAGCCAUAAAACUGCUUGCCCCACACAUUACCCUGGAGAGAAAGAGGCGUAGAGAUUGAAAAACAUAAAAAGAAAGGAGCUGGUCAAGCUCUCUAACAUCACUUGGACAUCAAACAAUGGAGUCUAACAUGACUAUUGUGACGCCAGCAUACUUCAUCAUCAGUGGCUUUUCAGGCAUCCCUCAUAUUAACUACUACUAUUUAUUUUUAUUGGUGUUGUACAUGCUGUCUGUUGUUGAAAACGGGAUAGUGAUGGCCUUGAUAUGCUUAGACCAGAGUCUCAAGACUCCAAAGUAUAUUGCUGUGUUUAACUUGGCGUUCGUAGAUGUGCUCGGCAACUCUGCCCUGGUGCCCAAGGUUAUCGACACGUUCUGGUUCGACCACAAGUACAUCAUGUACAGCAACUGCUUAACCUAUUUGUUUUUUUAUUACGUGAAUCUCCUCAUGCAGUCUCUUAAUCUGGCUUUACUCUCCUUUGACAGGCUAAUAGCGAUCACCUUUCCAUUACGUUAUCAGAUCAUUUUGAGCCUGAAGACCAUGUUCUCACUGGUGGCCGCUUGCUGGAUCGUCUGCAUCCUUGACAUCCUAAUAGUUGUAGGAUUUCUAACACGGCUGUCAUACUGCAGGUCUAUUGUUAUCAAUAGCUAUUUCUGUGACUAUGGGCUGCUCUUUCUACUUGCCUGCAAUGACAAUCGGCCUAGUAAUAUACUUUCCAAAGUGAUACCAUCUCUUUUUAUUUGGGCUCCAUUGUUCUUUAUCUUGAUUUCGUACAUGUGCAUUGGUGCAGCUUUGGGUAAAAUAGCCGGAGCGCAGGAUAGAAUGAAGGCUUUUAAAACUUGCAGUGCUCAUAUAAUGUUGGUGGCUAUUUAUUACUUGCCUAUUCUAGUCACUUUUAAUGUUGCUGCUAAAAUGCCUCGUAAUGCAAGGAUAAUUAGUCUGUCUCUUGCAGCUGUCUUACCUCCAGCGUUGAACCCACUAAUUUAUGUUCUACAGACUCAGGAAAUCAAACAGUCUCUUAAAAAGGUGUUCACAAGAAUAAAGCAAUCAAAAAUUGGAGUGAAAUAGAAUAUCAAUGUGAAGUGUCAUUUAAGAUAUUGUUUUGUAGCAUACAUUCUCAUCAAUUUAUUGUUAAAUGUUUGGAAUGUGUAAUUUUGUAAAUUCGAUCAAAUCAGUCCUUCAAAUAGGUAUUUUAAUUGUGAGGCAAAACAUUUAAAAUAGUUGUCAUUUCAAUAAUCAUCUUGUUUUUGGUAUUAAAAAAACACUGAAUUGUAUUCUUAGGGAUUGUUUUAAUUUUGCAACCAAAGAAAGGGAAAUCUUAAACUUAUUUUAAUUUGGAGAAUUUAAUGCAUUGUAUUUUUGAGUGGUCUAUAUUACAAAAAGUUUAAAUAUGACCUUUAAUCGCCCCAGUCUACUAGGGGUGUAACGGUACACUGAAGUAAAGGUUCGGUUCAUACCUCGGUUCAGACAUCACGGCUCGGUACGAGUUCGGUACAAUGAAGGGAAAAUAAAAAAAUAAAAUGUAGAAGGCAAUUCUUUUUUAUUGUGCAUGUCUCACAGGGCUCCAGAGUGCGCCUAAUUUGGGCGCACAUGCGCCUAGAAUUCGGAGUAGUGCGACCAAAUAUUUUAUUUGGGCGCACCGGUGCGACUGAAAAUGUAUCUAGUAUAAUUAUUAUUAUUUUUUUUUUUUACAGAGCAGUCUAUUCAUAAUAUUGUAAUGACCACGGAAGAGGCAGUGAAUGAAGUAUUGAUUAGACAGCGAUUUAUUAGAUACCUAAUAAACCGUUGGAACACGCAAGACCGGUAACAAUAGCAACGCCGGUAAACAAACCCGCAAAGCCCAAUCCAGGGGCCUGUACUACGAAGCUCGAUUAGAGGGUUAGCGAGGUAUGUUGAGCUGAAAGCCUGGGUUAGGUGUACCAUGAAAGUCGAUCUCUUUAAGCGUCGCUGUAUCACCAUGGUGACUUACGCAACCAAACCUGGUCGGGAGCAGCUUUUCAGCGAGUCUACCCGGAGAUCGGCUACUUAUAUCGGCGUGCGCAGCUUCCUAGCCCCUCCUCCGAUAAUGGCGUCACCAUUUGUGGGUGUUCCCAUGGACCUCGGCGCACUUUUCGAACAGGCGUCUCUCCGGAGACAGAGGGUUUUUCGGGACAAAACCGAUCCCUUGGCAUUGUCUGACGAUAUUCUUUAUGAGAGAUACAGAUUCGGCAUUUAUUUAAGGCAUUUAUUUAAUGGUCAAAAUAUUAUUAUGCUGUCUGCGUCAAACCAAAACAAACCUUGAGUGACAGCGGCCGCACUUAUCCCGCCUCCUGCAAAUGUACGUAAUAUCCCUCCCCUUGCAAUGCCGGCGCUGGCACUGGCCGCGGGAGCAAGAUCUUAUUCAAACAAAAAUGCAUCAAUCAUUGUUUUAUUCUUUCAUUACACAAAUUCUUUCAUUCUUAUAAAUGAAAAAAAUAUAUAAAUACAUAUAUAAAUCUAGCCAACUUGUCAAUCAAAAUUAGUCUUGUCUUGUCUCUCUAGUGGUUGUUCAUUCUAAAACACUACAAUCUUUUGAGAAGCAAAUGGUUGCAGCCUCUAUAGGCUUACUGUGGCGCUGAUGUGAGUACUGUAUGCAUGCAAUACUAGGCCUACUCAUAGUAAUAAUCGGAGAGGGUUGAGAAACAGUGGGUUGACAAUCCAUUCUGGUACCUCAUUUUGAAAAUCCCCAAAAAAGAAACUUCACAUAGGACUGUCUUUCCAUUUUUAAUACAUUGCUUUGGAGGUUUUCAAUCUAACAUCCCACUGGUUUGAUUUUACCUAAGAGAAAAAUGUUUAUUUUUUAAAGCAUCCACAGCAGCCAUAAUAAUGAGAUUAUGAGACAAUGAGAAUGAAGCGGCAGCAGUGUGACUGUGCAAGAGUGAGAGAGAUGGCUUCAAUGGAUGACCAGGGAUUGGUGGUGGCGUUACCCAGGAAGGGCGGCUGUAGUUAACUGCAAGCAACAGAACAUGAAUAGUGAAGUGGAGGAAGGAGUCGAAAUGAGACUUCAUUAACAUAUUCAUUUACAGCUCAGAUUUAUAUGGAGAUAAGCUUCUUAAACAACUUGCAUACAGCAUAAGCAAGUAACAGAAACAGUCUGGGAAGAUUAUUUUUUCAUUAUUUAAAUCUACAUCCUGGUUACACGUCGCGCGAUAGCGCAUAUCAUUUCAUGCAAGCGAGUGUUUACUUCCUGGUUACAGGUCGCGCGAUAGCACAUAUCAUCUCAUGCGAUCUUAAAGAGAACUUGACGUGAACAGUUUAGGAAUGCAUAUUCCGGGAAAACAUAAUUAGAACUCUGAAAUGCUGACUAAAUAUAAAGCAUGUUUUUAUCUGUAACAUUAAACCUACACUGACAAUAAGUAAUAACUUAAAAAUGAAACAUAAAAGCAGACCACUACUUACUUGCCGUUGCCUGGCUGGGGGAGAAAGAUCCGUCGGAGCAGCGAUGGCUUCUUGACAUCGGGUAGGUGCACGCAGGCUAUAUAGGCUAUUCUAAUGUCUUAUUUUUGCCCUGGCGCUCGGCAUAGGCGACCUAUGUGUUGGG